GAACUGCUAUCGUGUACCUACACCAAUACAGUAGGGUUGCCCCUCUUUCAUGAUGCUACAAGAUUAGCAUAAUAGGUCGUUGUCUUGGCUACUUUGACCAAUUUCCCCGCUGUGCGACAUGUUUUUAUACAGACAGCAACCGGAGCAUUAUACGCUAGCCGGUGGAAGGAUGUUAAUAUAAUUUGCGGUUUCUAAAACUGCGGCGAUAUUCGCUUAGUUGCCACUUGAGAUGGCUAGCUAGCUAGCUAGCGCUGUUCGACAGCGUGAUAGGUUGCCCGGGGUUCAUAUUCUCACCACCGCGGUGUGUCAAACUCUCAUUUCAGCUUCCAAGGACAAUACAAGUAGUGACUUUUAGGUUAAAUCAACGAUCGGUAGUGUUUUUUGUUUUUUUUAAACAGAUGCUUGUAUUGUGUAUAAUUUACAUGAAUGGGGUGCUACAUUCAAACAAGCUACUUAGCCAACUAGCUUCUUGCUCGAACUAAAAAUACACCCCUCGUCCUCUGUCCUCCUGCUAAAGUUUUUGCUUGUUCCCUUACAUUUCCUACGGCGAUAUUAUUUGGUGUUUGGCACUCUACAUGGUCACUACGGUGGAUGCAAGGCGACAGGAAGAGCGUGUCAGACCCCACGGUGGUAAGCCGGCUUGGGGUGACUUCACGCCGCUUCGCUGCAGCCGGGUGGUUCUGUUGUACCCAUGGCCUUGUCUUUCCAUCAGUAGUCCUGUAACAAGCCCCGGUUCUGCCCCGGGGCUGCAGGAGUGAGACUUCUCUAAGGUCAAGGAUAAAGUCUUUUUGUUUCCACUGUCAACUGCGUGACGUUUGUGCUAAAGUGGAUCAUCAUGACGGAGGAUAACAGUGCUGAUAACUUCAUCAAGGAGACAUCCAUUCUAGAUGAAUACAGCAUAAAUUGGACACAAAAACUGGGAGCUGGCAUCAGUGGCCCUGUGAGGGUUUGUGUGAAAAAAUCAUCUCAGGAACGCUUAGCCCUGAAGAUCCUCAUUGAUCGUCCAAAAGCCAGGAAUGAGGUGCGCCUCCAUAUGAUGUGUGCCAACCACCCAAAUAUAGUGCGAAUCUUGGACGUUUAUGCCAACAGUGUUCAGUUCCCACAUGAGUCCAGUCCCAGAGCCAGGCUUUUGAUUGUCAUGGAGAUGAUGGAGGGCGGUGAACUCUUCCAUAGAAUCAGUCAGCACAGGCACUUCACUGAAAAGAUGGCGAGCCAGGUCACAAAGCAGAUCAGUCAAGCCUUGGAACACUGUCACUCCCUAAAUAUUGCACAUCGGGACUUGAAGCCAGAGAACCUUCUCUUCAAGGAUAACUCUCUGGAUGCUCCCGUGAAGUUGUGUGACUUUGGCUUUGCCAAAAUUGAUCAAGGGGACCUGAUGACCCCGCAGUUCACUCCUUACUACGUAGCACCUCAGGUACUUGAGGCUCAAAGAAGACACCAGAAAGAAAAGUCUGGAAUCAUACCUACCUCACCCACACCUUAUACUUACAACAAGAGCUGUGACUUGUGGUCGCUAGGCGUCAUCAUCUAUGUGAUGCUAUGCGGCUAUCCUCCGUUCUACUCCAAGCAUCACAGUCGCACCAUUCCUAAGGACAUGAGGAAGAAGAUCAUGAUGGGCAGCUUUGACUUCCCUGAAGACGAGUGGAGUCAGAUCUCAGAGAUGGCUAAGGACAUUGUGCGCAAGCUGCUAAAGGUGAAGCCAGAGGAGAGGCUGACCAUUGAGGGAGUCUUGUAUCAUCCGUGGCUCAACUGCACUGAAGCCCUUGAUAACGUGCUGCCCUCCUCACAGAUGAUGAUGGACAAGGCAGUGGUGGCAGGCAUCCAGCAGGCCCAUGCUGAGCAGCUGGCCAACAUGAGGAUUCAGGAUCUGAACGUCAGCCUGAAACCGCUCAACUCUGUCAACAACCCAAUUCUCAGGAAGCGGAAACUGCUUGGCCCUAAGCCCAGUGACUGUUUCUCCAUUCACGACCCAGAGAACGGAGGCGACGACUCCAACGUAGCGCUGGAAAAACUACGAGACGUCAUUGCACAGUGCAUCCUUCCACAGGCCGGCGAAAACGAGGACGAGAAAUUGAAUGUUGUGAUGUUUGAAGCCUGGAGGUUCAACAGGGACUGUAAAAUGCUGCGAGACGGCCUGCAUGGUCUAAGCUGGGAUGGUCGAGCCUUUUCCGACAAAGUGGACCGUUUGAAGUUGGCCGAAAUCGUGAAACAGGCCAUUGAAGAGAGGACAAACCUGGAAGAGUCUCACUAGCAAACGUCUUUUCUAUCGUUUUAUAUCAACUUUUUAUCACCAGGCUUUUUUUCUUUUCUUUUUUAAGUCAAAUAAUUUUUAAUUUUUUUUCCAUUACCCUCCUUCCAUGGAUUGACUUGCAAGGCCAAUUGUCGUUGUACAGCUGUAGAUACACAUUUCAACAACAACAACAAAAAAGACUCAUUGGUACUUGCAACAACAAAAACACUCAAGACUAUAUAUUUGUUUUUGCACAAAAAAAAAGGAUGACAAAAAAAAUCAACAUAGCAGUAAAUUAUUUUCUUAGAGGGAAUUUUUAUUCACAGCUUAUGUUUUAUUCAUCUGUCCCAAGAGUUUUAUUUAUUUUAAGCAAUUUAUUUGUAUUGUUUUAUUUGACUCUUUUUAUGUGGUGUUUGUCACAAUGCCCUUUCUUUCCUCAGCACACUUGCUCUUCAAUGUUUUUAUGUCCGUGACACAAUCUCUGUCCUUACUUUUGUCUGCAGCCUUAAAAGGUGGAUUUGUUUUUACGACGCCUUUAAAAAGACACACGACUUCUUGUGUGACGAUUCAUUCCGUAUGUCCAUCUUGUCCGUGUAAACGUGCUCAUGUCAUUACAGCCACGUCUGUAUCAUCAUCUCCAGGUCUCUGGUGUCAUUUUCCGCGUUCGUCCAUAUGAGCGGGGACACGUCGUUGGGGAAAUUUCAAUGGAAUCACGUCUGUGGAGCCAUUUGUCAAUAUCAGUGGUGUCCAUUCUUUGAGGUCAGUCUUUGUGUUAUUUCCAUGUCUCUUCUCUAGGCCACAUCUUUGGGGAAAUUUCCAUGGAAUCACAUCUGUGGAUCAUGUCUUAGUCGGUGGUAUCCAUUGAUUGGCAGGUGCGUAUUGAUUGACAUGUCCCUAACAUCCUAUGUCCAUGUCACUGUUGUCAUUUUCGGGAUUUGUCUGUGAGGUCAUAUCCACGUAUGGGGGUCAUUUCUGGGAUUUGUGCGGCACAGUGGGGACACGUCUGUGGAGACAUUGGCCACAUGGGGUCACGUCUGUGGGUUUGAUGUCUACGGCUGUGGAGAGGCUCAUAUCUGUGUCAUGUCAACAAUGGUCAUGGUGUCUGUUUGUGUUCCCAUGUCCAUAGAGUUGUGAUGCCUCAGCAGUUAGCCACCUGACUGCUCCUUGUCUUCACUUAUUCUUGACUAUUUUAGUAAACAUGCGCGAUUUGAUGAAGUCUUAGUGCUCUGAAGACAUUUACAUGUACUGUAGAUGUCUUUUUAAAAAUACAGUACAUGUUGAGAAUCAUGUGUCCACACAUGAUUCUCUUAUUGGCCAGCUCACAUUUAAUUUCGGUAUUCCAAACAUGCUUUCUAAUCCAAAAUGAAGAGUUGACUGUUCCUGCUCUUAUGUUUACAUCACUGAGCCCGCCUUCCUUUUUUGUAAACUCUUACUUUAGUUGUCAAACAAAAGGCUGUUUGCACUUGGAUACCAUUUGGGGUGUUGUUGAUUUAUCGUGAGCCAUUUGACGCCUCACAGCUACCCCUUUAAAUCUCCAUGACAACCAUAGCUGAUGUUUAAGAAGGCCUUAUUGCACACAUAAGUAAUGUGCCUUGGUGACUUGAGCUCUUGACUUGGACUCAUUGUUUGAAAAACAAACAAAUCAUUCCAUUAUGGAGUCAUCCCCUCUCUAUAUCCCUUAACGCUCCUCUCUGUGCGACCUUUGAGGUCACUGAUAGAAACUUCCAAUCGUCUUUUAAAGAGAAGAAAAAGAUUGUAAACUACAAAAGUAUCUUUGAGCUGAAGUUCACUGAUGACCGUCUGCUGUUUGUGCACUUUGAAGUACAAGGAGGUGAUGUUUAUUACAACAAAAUGCUUCCUUCACCAAAAAGUGUUUUUUUCUUAGCUGAUGUAGCAUGAAACUCUAAUGGAAGUCUGCAAGUCUGUCUGACUUCUCUGGAAUGUCUUCAACAUGCUGACUUUGUAAU